UUUGCGCAUCGAUCCUGGCACCUUUUGUCCCUCGCCAUGUGACGGUCGCCGUCGCCACGUGACCGGCGAUGCCGCCCGGGCUACGCAAGCCAGCCGCACAGGAGGAGAGUGGAUGCCCUUUGCCUCCCUAUCGCUCCUCCGUGCACCCGCCGCUGCGCACGGCGCUGGCCUCGCACCCGCGGAGUGGAUCCACUUGGUUAAGAUUCUUGCUGGAGCGCUCCUCGGGCCAAGCGUGCGGCUUCGAAGAUCCGGGUUGGGCCAAUGUCUUGCCACACGUGGGCGGCGUCGAAGGGAAGCCGCAGAUGGUGAACCAGGAAGGCUUGGUGGUGAAGACUCACAGCAUUUGCUACGGCUGCUGGUUGGGCGCGCCGCCGUGGAAGCGGCAAAGACUGAAGAACACAACGCUCACACGACCUGAAGCCUUGCAGUUCUUAGGACCGCCUUUGCUGGACGAACUGGAACGGAUCGGGAACUGUUUGGUGUUCCCACCGUCCACGCUGGAGAUGAUGAUCCGGGCUUUGAAGGGAAAGACGCCUGCUCAGCGGAAGCAGGGCCUGCCAAACCCGGUGUACUGUCACGUCACGUAUGACCGAGCAGUCGUACUGAUUCGAGAUCCACUCGAUGUGUUCAGGUCGAACUACCACUACCGAACCAAGGUCUUGAGCGCCUUGAAGAGCGGCACUUGGAGUCGUGCGGACCACAUGUUUGCACGGGAACGAGCACAAGCCUACAUGAACUUCUACCGCGGCUGGCGAGACUUCGUGGAAGCGCGUCGGCAAGAGUCAUGGCUUCAUGAUGGGAUGAAUCCGGGGGGGAUGCUGGUGUACUACGAACGUUUGAAGGCGCAGCCAGCCUAUGAAGUGCAGCGGAUCUUGCAGUUCCUGCAAGUGGAGGUGUCGAAGGAGAAGUUGGACUGUGCCGUGCAGCAGUCGACCAUGGACAAGCUUCAGGAGAAGGGGAACGACCGUGGGCACGACCGCGUGGAGUCCAAGAGCUUCUUCGGGUCGCGGAACACCACGGAGGCGCAGGAGAACUUGACCUAUCCGCUUCCGUUGCUGCGCCGCUUCGAGAACAUGAAGCUCUUCGAGUUUGCCACCUCCAUGGGCUACAUCUCGUAUACCAGCCUUGAAGCUGCCCAGGACUUGGCUGAGCGGCAAGUGCCCAGCGAGAUUCAGGCCCCUUCGAUGCCUUGGCAGGAGGUCAAGGUGGAGCAGGCUCACCCUGCAGCGGAGCUGCCGGAUGUGCCAAGCUCAGCGGAACUGGCGGAGGAGCUGCCGGAUGUGCCAAGCCCAGCGGAACUGGCGGAGGAGCCGCGCCCUGGGCAAGGUCUUCUAAGUCUUCAACGCAUGGACGCGGGAGCAGCGGGAUGGCUGAACGAGAGGCCGAUGUCUCUCGUCCAGUCGGGCAUGUUUGGCUUGCUGAUGGGCAUUCUUUGCCUCAUGAUCCUUUCUCGACUCUGGCGCGCGCGGAACGCCAAGCAAAUGCACUCCGUUUGACUUCCCGGGACACCGCGCUGAAGAGCGGCGCGGCUGGGGUCAGACCGCAGGAGUUGUCCCCCAAAAAAGGCGGG